CGUAACGCGUUUCUAAGAAUCACCUAUUUGCAAACAGCGCGGGGUUAUCUCUCAAAUAUCACCUAUAUAAGCGACCGCACGAAAAAAUCUUGACGUUAUUUCAACUCUUCGUUUUGUGAUAAUAAGUACUCCCGUUAAUCUUAUAAGAUGAAAUUGUUAAUUGUCUUGGCUGUUGUGGCAAUGGCCAGUGCCCAAGCACGCGCUUCGCCGUUUAGGCCCGAGCAAGUUCAAGUUGUGGACAACAAUCCACAUGAUCCCUCACAAGUUCAAGUUGUGGACAACAAUCCACAAGAUCCCUCACAAGUUCAAUUCGCCCAUAAUAAUCCAUAUUAUGCGAAUUAUUAUCCAUGGCAAGUUCAAGUAGCAGAUCCGUCGUUCGGAAAUAAUGGUGGAUAUGCCGUAGACCCAGGAUUCUACCGGCCCAGCCUUGGCGCUGGUGGCGUAGUAGACCCAGGAUUCUACCAACCCGGCGCUGGAUCAAACAACGGCCCGCAUGGAAUUGACAUUUCGCCAGCGUAUGUUGACAACAGACCCCAGUACUCUAGACCCAAUCCUCGCGGAAAAUAAGAAUUGAUUAUCGCGCAACUUGCAUAGUCUACACUCUACUUAUAUUAUGUCUGUCUGUCAACUGAAUUUUACUUCGUAUAAUAUCAUACAAUGUAUAAAAGUGUCAUAAAAUUACUUGAAAAAAAUGCUUACUAAUAAAUAAUAUUUAAACUGA